AUGCGGAGACCACCGCGCUUGAGACCACCGCCCACGGAGGAUAGGGCCAACGUGGCCGGCGGAGCACCACCAAAUGUCAAUCUCACCGGCGAUCUCCCUCAAGAACAGAGCAAGAUCGAGCCGCUCUCCCCCUCUGAUUACGCUUCGAUAAAACUCGAAUCUGAGCGCGCUCUCACGGCUGUCCGCUGCGGAAACCACCCCAGAGCUUUGAAGAUCAUGAAAGAAGCUUGUUCUCGCCACCAAAACUGUGCCCUCGUUUACCGCGCUGAAGCUAAUGUACAUGCUCGAGUAGCUUCUCAAAUCGACGACCAUGGCAAGAAACAACGGCACAUGAAAAACGCUGUCGAGUCCGCUCGACGUGCGGUUUCUUUAUCGCCCAACUCGAUAGAAUUUGCAGCUUUCUAUGUAAAUCAACUCUACAACGCGUCGAUUGAUGGAAAAGGAUAUGAAGAGGUAGUGAGAGAGUGUGAGCGAGCCUUGUCGAUUGAUAAUCCAACCGACCCUGCCACAGAAAGUUUACAAGACGAGGGCCAAUCGGAGGCACCCACUGCUGAAAUCCGAAUUGCAAAUCUGCGGAAUGAAUUGCAGUCUCUUGAACAGAAAUGUCGGAUUUCUUCUUCAUCGACUUCGAUGGAGAAUCUUGAAAUUAAAGUUCCAAUCAAGACGCCUGAGGAACGGAGAAGGGAAAUUGAAGAUCGAGUGGCUGCAGCGAGGCUUUCGCAGCAAAAAGCAGAUUUUAUCCAAAUGGCACGUGAUCAGAUGAAGGAUUUUGAUGUGAAUGCGAAGGAUAACAAACUCAGUAAACAAAGGAAGCACGAUGCUGUGAAGAAGGUUAUGCCACAACAGAAGAGAAUGGAUCAGUUUCGAUCAUGUUGGAACUCUAUGAGUGUUGAGAAAAAGCGAAGAUUGCUUGAACUCAAAAUUCACGAUUUGAGAGAACAUUUUAGUUCAUUCAAUGAUAAUGAUGGUUUAGCAUCAAAGACUUUCUCAGAAGCCAUGGGUUUUGCUCAGAACAACAAGACUUGGAAGUUCUGGUCCUGUUUUCUUUGUAAUGAGAAGUUUAAAGACUCAGAAAUGCAAAUGCAGCAUAUUGAAUCCGUGCACAAGAGAAACAUCUUAUCGAGUUUGCAAGAAGUUGCGAAACAAGAAGUUGAUGCUGAUUGGGCUGACAUGCUUGUCAAUUGUGAAUGGAAGCCAGUGGAUACCCGUAGAGCUCUGGAAAUUAUGGAAAAACAAUCAGAAAGCCCAUUGGCUAAUCUUGAUGGUGAGGAUGAUAAGGCUCAAUCCGCACAUGAAGAACCAAACGAGGGGCAGGUUUGCAGUGGCAGUGAAAGUAGAAGCCAAGAUGACAUUUCUAAAUUUGGCUCAAGUGAAUCUGGUCAGAAUUUGCAGCCUGUGGCCGGUCCAGAUGAUCAGAAGUGGCCACUAUCUGAUGAUGUUGAGCGCGCAAGAAUUCUUGAAAGCAUUGGUGCUGAGUUCCGAUUUCUUCUUAGACACAAUUGUCUUCUUGAGAGUAAUUUUGAAAAGAUGAUAGAGGAGACCAUAGAUGAACUACAUAAAUUUGUUCCAUUAUCGCUGCUUCGUAUUCAUGGCCUGGACCAAACACCUCUCUGCAUCUGUUUUUUGGAGGCUCCUCGGUUAGAGAAGUUCCUUGAAUUCUUGAAGCUUCUGUCCAAUGUUUUUGGCUUAAACAGGAGCCCUUGCGUGGGUAGUUCCUUGGAUGAUCCACUUAAUAUCCAUGAGAUUGAGGGGAAUGAAGUUAAGGAGAGCAUUGUUUUUAAUGGUGAUUCAUUGUGUCUCCUUCUAGAUGAGCAUUUACUGCAAGGGGGACUUAUGCCACAUAAAUACAAGGAUGCUGUUGCAGAUGAUGGUUCAGCAAUAACUGGUACCACUCAUCAUGAUGAAGUUGAAGUGUUUACAGAUAGUGAUGCUUUUAUACAUUGGUUGUUUUCCGGUUCUUCAAUUGGAGAAGAUUUAGAAUCAUGGGCAAAUACACAAGAUACAACGAAGCAUCAAGGAAUGAAUGUUAUUCAGACAUUUGAGAAAGAAUUUGAUCUCUUGGAAACAUGGUGCAGAAAAGAAACUGAAAAAUUGAGCACUAAGGAAGCAUUAGAGGCAAUUGGGAGCAUCUAUAACGAGGAGGUAGAGAAGAGGGAGAAGGAUGAACAGCAUAUCCCUCAAAAUUAUGGGUCCCUCUUGAGGAAGCGGCAAGAAGAACUUCUUGGUGAAGACAAUGAUGCCAUGCCCCUCAGCAGUAGAUUUGAGUUAAAUGCUAUAUCGAGCUUACUUACAGAAGCUCAAGAAGAUGAGGAAGCUGCCUCGACUAGCAUAACUUCUUUGAGAAGUAGCGAUUAUGUGCAUCAAGAAGACGAGCGCCUAAGAAUUGUAUUCAAGAGACAACUUGAGAAGGCAUUUGCAGAGGUAGCAAUGUUAGUUUGGGCACUCAACCUAGAGGCAUAUAAAGUUCUAGACUUGACUCUAGAUAUAAUAAACUUACCAUAUUGUGAAAAUCUUGUAUAUCUUGCCUUACGCUUCUUUUCUCUAUCACAACUUCAAUUGCUUUUCCCAAUAUGAAACUUAUAU